AUGGGCCGGAUUACGGCUAAUCAGCCGAUAAUUGUGGGUGAAAGAAUGUUUCCAGAUCUGGGUAGAGGGGAUAAAUCCCUCUUUUGGUUAGAUCGGUGGGCUGGAAACAGACCACUUAAUGAACUUUUCCCUAACCUUUAUGCAAUUGAAAGUGAAAAAAGAUGCCGUGUUUUGGAUCGAUACAAACUAAAUCAAGGUAACAUAGAAUGGUUCUGGGGCAGUAGCAAUGAUUUGUCAACGGAUGCAGUUAAAGAGGAAUGGGCCGAGUGUUUGGCAUUGGUCAGCAGAGUCUCUAUUCGGCAAACUCCAGAUGUGUGGCGGUGGAAAAUGGAAGAUAAGUUGGUGGACUUUCAAGUCAGUUUAGUAAGGGAGGAACUUGAUGACAUAAGCUUAGUCAAUGAAACUAAGGUCCUUAAUUGGCUGCAUUGGAUACCUAAGAAGGUGAAUUGCUUCCCGUGGAGAGUGGUUUUGGAUCGGAUCGCAACAAAAGAGGCUCUUCAGAUUCGUCGGCUGCAACUGACCUCCGUCAACUGUGUUAUGUGCAAUGGGGAGCUGGAAUCGGUCAAUCAUCUACUCAUCACUUGCGAAUGGGCACAACAAAUCUGGUCGGUGGUAUUUCAAUGGAUGAAAAUUCAACUUCCGAGGUACAUUCUAAGUGUAGUGCAAUUGUUGGAAUUCAUUGACUCUUACAAAGGUGAGAAGAAAUUCAAAAGGGCGGUGUAUACAGUGGUGGCGGCUACUUGUUGGAUCAUUUGGCGAAUGAGGAAUGAAGUCAUCUUCAAAAACAAAUCUCCAACUUUGGUAAAAGCGAUUGGAGAUAUUAAAUCUACUUCGUUCUCGUGGGUUUAUAAUCGGUCAGGGUUAUUGGAUAUGUCAUGGGAUUUAUGGAGGAGUUUUAGUUUGUAG